AAUGUCUUUUUCACUUUAAAAUAGUGGUCCAGGUCACUAUUAAUUCCUUUUAUUAUGCUGGCACCCAGCAUACAGUGUGUCUAGAAGCUUUUCAUUGAUUGUCACUUUGUUGAGUUUCAUAUUCAUUUUCUUUUGAAUAUUUGGUUAACUUGCUACAACACAGUUGUAGCAUCACAUGAUUGAUUAGUAAUGUAAAGUUUAAACAUGGCACAAUGCAUUUAUAACCAGUGAUUUUUGGAUUAGAUCAAUGAAAUAAAUCCACUUUGAAGAUUACAUUACCAAAAAUCAAAUGUCAAGGGUCAAGAGCCAGGAAGCAAUCAUAAAAUUAAAAAAAAAAAAAAAAAAGAUCACAUUAAUUAGAGCUAAACCUCUGUUGAUUUUCAGUAAGAACUUUUAUGACUGGUCAAUGUGGCAAGAAAGUUUAUGUUUAGGUGGUGGAGGGGGAAAAAAACAUUGAGAGGAACAAGACUGGGGAAGCCCAUUCUCUUCUAGCAUCACAACGAUUGUUAAAUAUGGAUUUACAGGCUAGUAGCCUAUGUGUAAUACAAGCCAUGUGCUCACUGAAUAUAAUAUUAAAGUAUUGUUAGUGUAUUUUCAACAUAUCGGUAAGGCAAAUUUCAAAGUGUAAGGAUUAUGAUUGAAUUGUAAAAAAUAAUGUUUAGUAAGUAUGUUUUUUUUUUUUUUUUUUUAAGUCUGUACUAAAUAGACUGAGUGGUGCAGGUAGUGCAGUGAACUGUCCUUUGCCAUGUUCCCUUUUUUAUUCGUGUUGUAACGGACCUCCGACAGAAGAAGGCGCGAUCUCACUAAAAACAGCCAGUUGGCUUUGACCACAAUCUAGUUGUUCUGAAUCAGCUACUGGGACGCCGCCUUAACGCAUGUUUCCCGGCCAUCUUCCGUCCUUAUGUUGAGCUAGGCUGGAGCUCAUCCCGUGUCGCGCGCACGCCCAGCAGCCAGCUCCUCGCUCCUCUGUAAUUAGCUGAUGGAUUCGGUGGGCGCACCCAGAACACUCUUCCCCACAGACAAAGUGUCUUUAAACGAGAACACGUGAGACUUUUACGUUUAUUCUUGGGUCAAGAAGAAAGCGCUUUUUAACGCAGUCUCGGGGAAGAAAUUAGUUCAUCUGGCGAUUGACAGAGUAACAAACGACUUUACGAUUGCAGAAGAGCGUUAGUUUCCCCCAUAUGAUUGUGUUAGCCGUUGUGUGUGACUCUUGUAUUGACGUUUACAUGUCGACCAGCUGAAAUGUAACCUGUCCGAAACACUUUGGAGGGGGGACAGUGAUGCUUAUACUGGAACACUGACUGAUCCAUCAUCGCCACCUGCGCUUUCACUAGAUAGCCAUAUCCCAAGGACGAUUUAGUUUAGUCUACAAACACUUCAGAAGCUAUCACAGCUGGAUUCGACUAAGUCUGCAAGGUCUGCGACAUAAGCGUCAAUCGUUUCUGUGGGUCCCUCUGAGUGCGUGAAGAAUACGUCUAAUGUACGGCUGGGGAAGGCUGUUUGAUGGAGGGUGAUGCUUCUUUCACAGCAGCAGUGGCUGAGGCAGAGGUUCUUUGUACUAGGUAGCCUGGCGCUCGGGAGCCUUCUCUUUCUGAUGGCCAGAGUUGGCAUUUUAGAUAGGCUGCAGUUUAUCUGCCCCAUUAAGGACAGAAUGCCCCCUGCUGGUGUGUCAUGGCAGACUCCUUUACAUAUGUUGUGGCAAAAACAAGCUCAUCGUCUCAAGCUGCGCAGGACCAACAGCACAAGGGAGAAACUGCAAAUGCAUCACCUCAUUAAGCAGUUGCCCAGAGCCAUCAUCAUUGGGGUGAGGAAAGGUGGGACACGCGCAUUGCUGGAGAUGCUCAGUCUUCACCCUGCUGUUGUCAAGGCCUCCCAAGAGGUCCACUUUUUCGACAAUGACCAGAACUAUGCUCGUGGCAUUGACUGGUACCGCGAAAAGAUGCCUUUCUCUUUUCCUCAUCAAAUAACUAUUGAGAAGAGUCCUGCAUAUUUCAUCACUGAGGAGGUACCUGAGAGGAUUUUUAAGAUGAAUUCCUCCAUUAAGCUUUUGGUGAUCGUGCGUGAGCCCACCACCCGCACUGUUUCUGACUACACACAGGUCCUGGAGGGGAAAGUGCGCCAAAACAAAACAUAUGACAAGUUUGAGGAACUUGUGAUUGAUACCAACACUUGUGAGGUGAACACAAAGUACAAGGCUGUACGGACAAGCAUCUACACCAAGUACCUAGAACACUGGUUAAAGUACUUCCCUGUUGAGCAAUUUCAUGUAGUUGAUGGAGACCGCCUCAUUAUAGACCCACUGCCAGAACUUAAGCUGGUUGAGCAUUUCUUAAACCUUCCCUCAAAGAUCAGCCAUUACAAUCUGUACUUUAACGCAACACGUGGGUUCUUCUGUCUACGAUAUAACUUCAUAUUUAACAAGUGCCUAGCGGGCAGUAAGGGACGGAUCCAUCCGGAUGUAAACCCUUCCAUCAAGGAAAAACUGCAACGCUUCUUCCACCCAUUUAACCAGAAGUUCUAUCAAAUCACAGGCAGGACAUUCAACUGGCCCUGAGGAUUACAUGAACAUCUGCAGCAUUAGCAGCAUUUUCUGUAAUAUGCUGGUUUUAUUAUUAUUAUUAUUUUGCUUUUCUUGCAUGGAAAUGUGACAAAAUGUGUCAAAGAGCACUGCAGUAAAAAAAAAAAUAUAUAUAUAUAUAUAUAUAUAUAUGCAAAACAGUUUGGGUUACCACUGACUUCCUUUUGUAUGGGGAAAAACAGAUACAUGCAAAAUUUGACAGUUGGUGGCAUUAGAGGGAUUCAGUUAGAGACUCCAAAAUUGCUGUGUUUAAUGUUGAGACUGUCCUCUAUCUGGGUGCCAAAUUUCACAACUUUUUACCAUAUGCCAUAAAGAGCGGAAGAAGAAUAAGAAAACUAACAGAUACAAUAGGUGUCUAUUCGCACCUUCGGUGCCUGGCCCCUAAUUAGGAUUUCUACAGUGUGUGGGUUUGGCUAUGAUUAAUAAAACAAGCAUUUUCCCUCCCAUUGGCACAGUUAUUAAAAUAUAUAUCUUAUAGGGCUGGGCGAUUAACCGAAAAGUAAUCGAAACCGAAAUUCAGAACCUCUAACCGACGUAAUUUUCCCAUGUCGGUUAUUUCGGUUUUUUAAUCCUGUUAAUACUUCCCCCUUAAAAACAUACUACCAUGUGUGUAGCCACCUGACUCUGCCCCGUCCAGUCAGUGGCAUGAAAGCAACUUCACUAAACUUUGUCAGUAUGUGUUUUAAGGUUUGCCAGUUUGGACAAGCGAUUGUAGAUGAUCGGAUGUGUAUUAUAUCGAGCUACCGUGCUCGCGCAGCUGCAUUGUGGCACGAACACUGAUACAAACAGUAGCUGCGCUGUUAAGAAAUGUUACGAACCAUAGAUGAAAUAACUGCUGAAAGUGAGCUAUGUCAAUCACACUUUCAAUAGGAAAAAAUAUCCCACCUUUAAUAUUCAAUCAUAUUUACAGUACAAACCUUGUCAGUAAACUAAUGAGGGCAAAAAAAAAAAAAAAACAGAAACAAAAUAAUCGUUCAUUAAUCGUAAUCGAGGUAAAAUGUUCAAUUAAUUGAGGUUUUGAUUUUAGGCCAUAAUCGUCCAGCCCUAUUAUCUUAUGUUAUCGCUGUGACAUUGGCUCUUUUAGGUUUGUUGAAGACCAGUCAAGCCACUGCGUUCUGAAUCAAGAGGUUUGAUUGCACAUGUUGGAGGUCCAGCUAGAAGAGCAUUGCAAUAGUCCCGCCUCGAAAUAACAAGGGCCUGGAUGAGAACUUGUGUUGCAUGCUCAGUUAGCAAGGGCCUGAUCUUCCUGAUGUUGUACAGUGCAAACCUGCAUGGAUCGUGCUGUAGUAGCAACGUGGUCUUUGAAGGUCAGCUGGUCAUCAAAAAUUAUUCCUGGCCGAACUCUAUGGGAUUAUUGUUGCUGAACCUAUAGCAAGUUAGUGAAAUUGUGCUGUACUGUGAAGUCACUGGGAAGACAAGAAGCUCUGUCUUUGCUAGGUUGAGUUGCAGGUGAUGUUCUUUCAUCUAUGCCAAGAUGUCUGCCAGGCAGGCUUAGAUCUGUGCAGCUACUGUGGGAUCAGCAUAGCAAUAAUUUUAGAAACCAUGUGCCUGUAUAAUGGGUCCCAGUGAUGUUGUGUAUAUGGAGAAGAGAAGGGGUCCAAGAACUGAUUCCUAAGGUGCCCCGGCGACCAGUUAAUGUGUUUUGCAUGCCUCUCCCCCCAGGCAACUUUGAAAGACCUACCUGUGAGGUAGGAUUCAAACCAGCAAAGUGGAGUUCUAGCGAUGCCCAGUGAUGAGAGGGUGGACAGAAGGAUCUGAUGAUUAACAAUGUCAGAAGCUGCAGAUAGAUAUAGCAGAAUGAGAACUGAUGAUUUGGUAUCAGCUCUUGAAAUUCAUAGAGCUUCAGUAACCGACAGCAAGGCAGUCUCAGUUGAGUGGCUACUUUUAACUCCUGAUUGGUUGUUCUGUAACAGGAGAAAUGAUACCUAGUUGAAAAUAACUUGUUCAAGUGUUUUUGCUAUAAAUGGGGGGAGAGAGACAGGUUUCAUGCUUGACAUAAAAACAAAAAAUAGAUGUUUUACAAUAUGAUCUGAUGUUGGUCCGCCACAGUACUUCUCACUGCUACUACAUGUUGGUUUAGAAAAUGUUUUGUUUCAAACUGCCUCUGGAAUUUUAGAAAAUAAAAAGGCAACCACGUCAACCAGGGUGUAGCACCGAUUCCUGGGCCCUACGCAAAGACAGUGUGCGGGGGCCCCUUAUUAUUAUAGUAUUUUUAUUUUAUGUCACACUUUUUUAAAUAAUAGUGUACAGUUAUACACAGAGCACUCACUGAUAGAAAAACAGUUGUACUAUAUAUCAUGUAACACUCUUGUGUUUGAAUUGUGCUAUAAAUAGAGCACCCCAGUAAUAUUAGACAUAAAAAUGACAGUUUUGUGUUUUAUUAACAGACAUUGUGCCUUGUAUUCCAAAACAUUACAAUCUUUCUAAACUAUUUAACAUUGUAGGUACCUCUACAAGCAUGAUGAACAUAGGAUUGAUAUUAUCCUGAGCCAUAUUUUAGGCUACAUGUCUGAUAUUUAUGCUACCAUAAUAUGUGUAUAGUUUAAGAAUAGCUGCUGAAUAGUAAACUUGGUAGAAAUAAUGACACUUUUGAUAUUACUCUUUCAUGACUGUUACUAAGAUGGCCAAUUUUUAUAUAUUUUAAAUAAUUUGUCAUUUCUGUAAAAUGUUAAAAGUGUGUUGGAUUUGUAAACAAUAGCUGCCUGGAUCUUGUGAUGAAUUUUGUGAGUGUUUAAUAUUUUGAAUUGUUUUUGAUAUACAUUUUUUUUUUAGUUUAUUAUAUCACACUAUCUUAAAAUUAUAUGACCAAGUUUGCUCAUAUUAAUAUUUUAAUGCAAGAUCCACACAAACAUGGUUUACAUAUUGUUUUCCAUAUUUAGUUUCUCUAAUGAUUUGUCACACACUUCUCGUGUUACUUCGGUGUUUAGAGUACGAUAAGAGCGUUUAUUACCGGCUUAGAAACAAGUUGUUUCUCAUUAUGCAGACUCCGGUUCAGCAAGCAUCUAUUUACACAACGUAAACAGCGGCAUAUAGGUCGCCGUCGCCUCGCUUGAAAAAUAUAGGUUCUCACUUGGUCUCUUUGGAAAGAAAUUUAUGAGGAAUUGUUUUCCCUUACUGUUUACUUUUUUCCUGAUCUUAGCUUGAACGGCGGCGGCGGAGCGAUUCGAAGAUCACCACACUCCGGAGUCCGGCGCAUCCGCUCUCCCUCAGCCAUUUAGCGCUUUGCAAUGUUCCAAGACAACCAAUCAAAUAAUGUGAAUUGCGUGCAUGCUGUGCUUGUAGGAGGCGCCUACACAGACGUGUGCCAAAGCUUGCGAACAGAGAAAUAGCGCAGACACCGUGUAUAUGCGCAAUUGUAUAAUAAUAAUUUCAGGAUCGUUGAGGGCCCCAUGCACUCUGUCACCCUUUUCCCCCCACUUACGACGCCCCUGACGUUAACUAUAAACGAGAAGAAG